AUGGACCCCCGUGCUGUUGAAUUCGUGCCAGGGGCCGAGGAACACAACCAGAGACGGGCGGAACCCUUCAACCCACAAGCACGUCCAUUUGUACCUAGAGAUCCUCGAGUGGCACCUGAGACACAAGAGACUGCUCACGUGGAGCGACCAGAGCGAACGUUCGAACGAAGACUCGCCUGGAUUGUCGACUGCAGCGAUGGGUUUGAUUAUACGAGUGCAGUACCUACAGGCAUGUCGCUUACACAGGAGCCGAAACUUUUUUGGGAGAACGGUCUGCAAUACUGGACAAAGUCCAAAAACUGGGUCCACCACAUCAACUUCUUCGGCGAGGCAGUAUAUACAAAGUCGGCCACCAACCCUGCUACCACAAUUGCGGUGUUGAAGGCCUCCUCGAAAUGGAUAGUAAAGCAUGAUCCGUUUAAGUCACGAAACCAUUUCGUGGUCACCAAGGCAUCUCGUCUCUUAGACCCGGUCAAGUACUAUGGCAAGCCGGAAGUGCUCAACAGCCUCAGUGGUACCGCACUUGAGAACGCUUGCAUGGGGCAGUGUGUCAAGUUCUAUGCCGAGGUCGGCACCUGGCUGGAGGACGAUUAUGAUGAAGACGAGCAUGAACCAUGCAUCGAUAGUCUUGACCCAGACAAAUACUGGGGAGGCCAGACCAUCAUCAACGGCUGCAGCCCUGGGUUUCCAACCCGCGUGGAUAUCCUCAGCGCCGGGACCGAGGAACGAUUGGCCAUCGACAAGGCCCGUCAAGCCGCGGUGAAGAGUCGUAUCGCGCGUGGCCCAGCCAAGUCAAGGUUGUCAAAGUGCUACAUCUCCUUCGACAAUGAGGAUGGGCUUCCAGGAGCAGUCGUCUCCAGGAAUGUAUACUCGCAGCGUGGGUCAUCCGGCCCCGUCAGCCUCGCACAAACGGCUGCACCUGCUGAAGUGGCCCUGAGUGACCAACCAUCCCCGAGUCAAAAUACCAUCAUGGGCGGAUGA